UUAAAAAUUUGCUUAUCUUUUUUUGCUGUCUUUCUUGCCACUCUUACCAGUGACAUAACGAGGGAGAGAGAGAGAUGUUUUAGAUAUUCUUUUAAGAUUAUUAUUUUUUUGAUUAACUUUAAAAAGUAAAACGAGUUUAUGAAUGAUGGAGUGAAUGCUGAAUAUUGUUUUGUUAUGUGUGUAUUAUGUGUUUACGGUUUCUGUCACAUUUUCUUUUCCAUCAAUCGGUUAAAACGAUUCACAAAACCUCCGAAUGAUUCGUUCAAGAAUCGACUGAAUCGGUUCUAGCGGAUCUCUGAACCGAGAACGGUGACAAUGUCCGGGGCAGGGUUGCCAAGCCCUCUGUUUCCCCGCGAAACUCGGCACCUUUUAUACUGUAGUCGCGAGUCGUUUUUUUCAGUCCGCGGGUAAAAGCGUUCUCCCCCUCCUCCCCUCGAUUUCUAAGGAGGUGACAAACGCAGAAAAACACUUUUAGACUAGUUUUGCUCAGCCUUUGGGCUGGUUUUGUUUGCAGACCUGGCAACCCUGAGUCGGAAACACUUCCGGCGCUGGACGUUCACGCGAGAUGUCAGACGGGUUCCUGAUGGAGGUGUGUGUGGACUCGGUGGAGUCAGCCAUAAACGCAGAAAGGGGAGGUGCGGGGCGUAUUGAGCUGUGCUGUAGCCUGCUGGAGGGAGGACUGACGCCCAGCACAGGUCACUACACACAGCAGCUGUGCAGCUCUCUCACAUGCAUCACUCUGGUGCUUGUGUGCUCAGGUCUGUUGCAGGUGGUCAAAGAGAGCGUGCGGAUCCCGGUGUACGUUAUGAUCCGGCCCCGCGCUGGGGACUUCCUGUACUCAGACUGGGAGGUGGAGGUGAUGAAGAGGGACAUUGAACAGAUGAAGAUUCACAGAGCGGACGGGCUGGUGUUUGGAGCGCUCACAGAAGACGGACGCAUAGAUACUGAGCUCUGCAUGGAGCUGCUGGCGGCUAGUCGACCUUUACCAGUUACAUUUCACAGAGCCUUUGAUAUGGUGCACGAUCCAGCGGUUGCGUUAGAAGCUCUGAUCUCGCUGGGCUUCGAGAGGAUUUUGACCAGUGGUUGUGACUGCUCUGCGCUGGAGGGUUUACCGGUAAUUAAACGCCUGGUGGAACAGGCGAAAGACAGAAUCGUAAUAAUGCCAGGAGGUGGAAUCACCGAGAGGAACCUUCAGAGGAUUCUAGAAGCUUCUGGAUCUCAGGAGUUCCACUGUUCUGCUCGCUCCAGCAAGGACUCCACCAUGAAGUUCAGGAAUUCUAAUGUGAGUAUGGGAGGCUCUCUGUCCAUACCAGAAUAUGCAGUUAAAGUGGCUGAUGUGACUAAAGUACGUACGCUGAACGCCAUUGCCAAGAACAUACUCUAGGAUACGUGGAGCAUCGUUCAUUUGUAUCUACAGAAGUCAAUGAGACCUGUACAGCAGUUCAAGAGGGACACUCUUGUAAUUUCUCAAUAUGUAGUAUAUUCAUGUGAACCUACUCUAUAACAAUUUACAAUGAAGUUAAUAAAAAACUUGAAAUGUGUCAAGAUGAGUAACACUUUUGUUUAGAUUUUGACAUUUUGCAGGUGUGAAAUAAAAUCCUCCUAUUCUCUUGA